UCUGACAACAACAACAAGAACAACAACAAUGGCUGUGUCCUGCUCGUUUGUGUCGUGUGGGGAAGAAAAAAAUAACGAUCAAGCUUUAAUUGUUCGGUUUUCAAAUGGCAGCGUUAAAAACACAGACAAACUGGAUUUCACUACCUACAAGAACACAGAUGAAAAGAAUCCUCGAAAAAAGAACAGACGUUUAGUGGUUGCAGAAUCAAACAGAUUGUGUUAUGUGGGAAAUAAUUUUGGAAAUGGGUCCUUGAAGUGCAACAAUCUCUGCAAGUAUUAUGUGGGCGUGUUGAACAAAGAGACAAUGCAGAUGGAGGUGCACAGAGCCGAGCUCUUCAACGUGCUGCCUGUUAUACCAGGAGAGACGACUGAAUCUCAAAAGUCCGAAGACACGACUCAGACGUACAGAGACAAGGUUGAUUCUCUGAUUGAGGUGUUUGGCACCAACAAACAGAAGAGAGCGCUGAGCUCCCGCAGACUCAAUCAGGUGGGCAGUGACACUCUGCAUCAAGCAGUGGCUAAAGCUGCCAGCACUGUGAUCGACCAGAAGGGUGUGAAAGCUUUGCAACAAGAAGUAGCUGACAUGGAUUCACAGGGAGAGCACGUGCUUCAUCUCCCUCCCUGCAACGCAGACACAGACCUACCUGAGAAUGUCUACCCGUUUGAUGAUCUUUUAAGUCCAGUAGAGUUUGAGGCUUUGGAGCAGGCUGGUUCCAAGAUGGCAGCACUAACCCCUGAAGAGCUGCAGACACUGAGAGAUAAUGGCAGGCGUUUGUCCGUCUUGAAGCAUCUGGAGACACUUCCAAGUGCAGGUGAAGCCAAAGAGAAAAUUGCACGUUGUGCCUAUUACUUGUCUCUGCUCCUCAAACUGGUGCAGCAGAGGAGCAUCACCUCUAAGUUUGGGCAGGAGGAAGGUUGCCCUCGUAUCAUUCAGAUCAAACUGCUCAGGACCUUCACUGUGGAGACGUUCAACAACGGCAGGAUUCAAAACAUGGUCUCAGCAUCAAUGCGUACCAAAUUAGCAGCAUACUGCUUGGCACUCCUUCUGCAUAUGGGUCACAUGACUGCUGAUCUCACGUCACUGCACCGUGAUUUGGGAAUUACUGAGACCAGGAUGCUUGAAGUUGCAAAGUCAAUGGGGCUGACCAUCAGUAACCCAGGAAGAGCAAAGGGUGAUGACCCAGGAGUGCAAGAUGAACAUAGACGGGCCUCGCUUGUUCUCCCUCUGCCCAAAUAUGAACCGUUCCGAGAGAGAAGAAAACGCAAGAAAAUGCGCUAGUUACCGAGAUGGGAUGGGACAAAAGAGGAAGACCUGGAGAGAUGAAGACAAAAUCUGGAAAUUCCACAAACAAAAAACUUUUAAUAAUGCAGUACCCUAAGCUCACUGUACAAGAUAAAGAGAAUAUUGUGCUGUAAACAAAUUCUAGACGACUCAGGACAUCUAGCUUAGUUUAAGACAUACAGUAUAGGCACAUCUGUAGAGGUCACAUGUUGCACAGUUCCUUCUGUACCUGGCUGUUACAGGAGUCUCUGCUGUUGUCACAUUUUGUAACAUACUCCUUUGAUAAAAUUCAUAAUUUGACCAAAUAAAGGUCUACUAAGGUCA